AAAGAGCUCAUUUCAUAUAUGUAGACUUCAGUCUCUUACCACCACAGUGACCUUCAAGCUUUUAUUAGAAAACUAAAACUAGCACAACAAUUGCCUUUGUUCUUAGCUAGAAAAUCUUGGAACAUGGUUAUUGAGCACUCCAGGGCAAGAUCACUUGGGAGCCUCAUGUAGGCAACUACUGUGCCAAACUAUCUGAUCCUCACCAUUGAGAACAAGUGAUGAUUUUUUCCAUUUGCGUUUUAAAGCUAAAACACUCUAAUACUGUCAGAUCAUGAAGAAUAUCUAAUUUUGGUUGCCAGGUCUUUAUUUGUGUUGCCUAGCUACUGAUAAUGAGCAUUUGAUUUCUCCUCGAGUACAACACUUCAAGCUUGUCCUUAUUAAGUGUUACCUUGUUAUUUUCAGACUUCUCCCACCAACCCCAAAUUGUCAGGAUCACUUUAAAUUCUAAUCCUGUCCCUCAAAGUGUUUCCAUCCCCUCUCGGCUUGCCAUGAACCACAAGUUUUUGUAAGCGUUUCCAUUGUCUAAAUUGUUAAUGAAAACAUGGCAAAGAACUAGACCCAGCACAGAGCCCUGUGGGCUAUCACUUGAAGUGCCCUCAAAGUAUGACAGUAACCCACUUGCAACUACUUUUGAGUGCUGUUUUUAACCAGUUGUAUAUCCACCUCAUAAUAUAGACCAUAUUUCAUUAGCUUGCUUAUAAAAAUGACAGGUGGAAGCCUCAAAAGCCUUACUAUAAUGAAGAUACCAUUUAUUGCUCCUUCCUUUAUUCACUAAACCAGUCACCAUAAUCACCUGCUAUCAAAGGGGAACCAACAGAAAACAAUUUGCAGAACAGUGCUUUCUCAAGCUACAAGCUUUCAUUCAUGGACUGUGCACCACUUACAACACAAGCUUGUGGCAGGACUCAUCAAGGUUUAAAUGCAACAAAAUGCUUUGCUUGGUAUUCUCUGGCUAUUUUUCCAGGAUAUACACCAGAUACAACCUGUGGUGGAGAAGCUGAAGCAGUGCAUCUUAACAUAAGAUAGCUAUGGGCUGAGCUAAUGGGUCAUGUCUCCACCACUGGGAACACGUGCUUUGUAGUACCUCAAACACUUUUGAGGUACCGAAACGCACACAUAGCACACGUGAAAAGGUUCUCCAGGCUCCAUAUUUGCAGUGCAGAGAACUAAAAUUAGAUAUCGAGAAAUCCCAAUACUUAAAAUUAAAUAGGGCAGCGCACAUGGCUGCAGUGUGUGCUGCCUGAAACUGGAGCCUGGGCAGUCAAAGCUGCACUCUGGCUGCCAGGCAGGCUCUGUGCACCCAGAUCGCCACCACUAGCCCUGGGAGGCUGUCAAGAUCCCAGAUAAGGCUGCUGGGGCAACCCAGGUGCUGGCACCAGCUUUCCCUAUUUCACCCAGGGCAAUUUACUGUGUACCAGAUUGUGUAUGCAGGGGUGUUCCCCAAGGACAAGUAGCAGUGGCACAAUUAUGUGCUGCUAUUUGUCCCUAGGGAAACACAUAUGCAUGCUUGUGGGGGAUGUGCUCAUGGUGGGUGCCAACUCAUUAGGCCCUUAAGAUUGGCCCACAGGGCUAAUUGUGGGUUAAAACCAGACCCACCUCCUGCAGCAGGAUUAACCACAGUGAGUGCAAGCCACUGUGUUGGCCGAGAGCUGCAGAGCUUCAUGCACCCUUGCUGAAACAAUCCCAAAAGGAGUUCCAAACCCCAAAAUCUAGCAGUAGGCACCACCUCAGCUCCCCAACUUCCAGUCCUGCUAGGAAAUGUGGGCCAGAUGACAGCUCCACAGGCUAGAGACAGCCUGUUUGACACCCAAACCAUGUUUGACACACCUGAUUCAGCCAAUAGUUGCAAAGACUUGUUGGUUAUAUGUAGGAAUAGUGAUGGUUAACAUUUCAGAGAUUGAGAAGAUGGUUUCAAAUGCCUCUUUCAACACCAACCCAGCCCAGCCUCUGGCUGCUUUACUUUUCAUUCCAUCCAGGAAGAGCGCACACCAACUGCAGAAGCUUCCUUAGCCUGAUGUAGGGUUUUUGAACACAAAAGCUUGCUUAAUAACUAUUCUCCAACUAUUUGGGUUGGUCUAAUAAAAGAUAUCAAAUUCACCCAAGGAACCUUGUCUUUCAACACCACUGAUUUUACGUUACAAUGACAGUUGGAAAAUGAGGAAGAGCAUGCAGGACAAUUGGAGUGUGGUUGCUGAGGCUCCUGCCUUCUCAGUUUCUUACUGCCCCAGCUUUAUUGGCUUCUGCAUGAUUAUCCAACUCCUGGCUAAAUUUUGUUAAUGCUCAUGCCAAGGUUAAAUAGUUUCUACACUUUGUAUAAAUUUAUCAGACUUCUGAUUAGUAGUUGUUGUAAAUAGACAAAACUGUUUGGAGAGAACAGUGAUUCCUUUAGAGAGACUACUCAACUUGCUGGGGACCACGCAAGAGACCAGCUUAAGCACUGCUGUGGACUGAGUGGUUUCUGUUCACCUCCAAGUCAGGUAACUCCCGCUCUCUCCCUGCCCUCCUCUCUUAAACUGAAAUUAAAUUAAAGCUGUAGCAAUGUAUGUACGUGUCUGAGUCUGGCAUUGCUUCCAAGUUGCAUUGCAAUUUAUUUUUGGCUUUACAGCACUCACACAGAAGCUGACCCGCGAUGAGUUAGCAGCACAACUGAAGGCUGGUAUGUUAUUCUUAAACUCAAAGUUGUCUGUUUCUUAGAAGCUUUUUUUUUUUACUGUGUGGUUCUCAUUUGAUUCCUGAUCAAUGAGCCAGGAAGAUUUGACUUAACAGUAGAAGACAGAAAUUCUGCAGGGAGGUAAUGCGAUUUGUUACCCUGAAGCAGACCCCUAGAGUGACACCAGUAAGGAUCCAAACAUGACUAAAGACGAAGAGUUACCAGACUUUCACUCAUCCAAGGAAUUUUAUGAGAACUAUGAGCCCAAGGAAAUUCUGGGCAGAGGAGUAAGCAGUGUGGUCCGUCGGUGUGUUCACAAGACAACCAGGCGGGAGUAUGCAGUUAAGAUUAUAGACAUCACAGGUGGUAGUAUGUCCCCAGAGGAAGUGCAGGAGCUGCGGGAAGCCACUGUCAAGGAGAUUGACAUUCUUCAGAAGGUCUCGGGACAUCCCCAUGUCAUUCAGCUGAAGGACAAUUAUGAAUCCAGCACCUUUUUCUUCUUAGUGUUUGACCUAAUGAAGAGAGGGGAGCUCUUCGAUUACCUCACAGAGAAAGUCACCUUAAGCGAGAAGGAAACUAGGAAGGUCAUGCGUGCUCUGUUGGAAGUGAUUGCAUAUCUCCAUUCCUUGAACAUUGUCCACAGAGACCUGAAGCCUGAAAACAUUCUCCUGGAUGAUGACAUGAACAUCAGACUAACUGACUUUGGCUUCUCCUGUCAGUUGAAUAAGGAUGCAAAGCUCAAAGAAAUCUGUGGCACUCCUGGGUAUCUGGCACCUGAAAUAUUAGAAUGUUCCAUGGAUGAAGAACAUUUAGGGUAUGGAAAGGAAGUUGACAUGUGGAGUACUGGUGUGAUCAUGUACACGCUGCUAGCUGGCUCCCCACCCUUCUGGCACCGGAAGCAGAUGGUGAUGCUGCGGAUGAUCAUGAGCGGAAAUUACCAGUUUGGGUCUCCAGAGUGGGACGAUCGGUCGGACACAGUCAAAGAUCUGAUUUCUCAUUUCCUGGUGGUGAAUCCUCAGAAGCGUUACACAGCCAGCGAAGCUUUGGCUCAUCCAUUCUUUCAACAGUACAUCGUGGAAGAAGUGCGGAGCUUCAGCCCUUUCAGAAAAUUCAGGGUCAUCUGCCUGACAGUUCUGGCAUCCGUCCGCAUAUACUAUACCUAUCGGAACGUGAAGCCAGUUACCAAACAGUUGGUAACGCAGAACCCCUACGCAUUGAAACCCAUUCGCAAACUGAUUGAUGCCUGUGCAUUCAGAAUCUAUGGACACUGGGUGAAGAAGGGAGAAGCACAGAACAGAGCCGCCCUGUUUGAGAACACCGCCAAGGCAAUUUUGAUGAGCAUAGCAGCAGAGGAAGAGCUAUAUUGAUUUACCUGGCUAAAGCUGCACCCACACCGAGUAAGCUUAAGAGUUUGCUAAGAGUUUAAGCAAGUAAAACCUUUGGAAACUAACAGCAGUCUCCUUCAUAGUUUCCUAAGGAAAAUCUCAAUUGAUAACAAUGUCAACACUGUGUGGGUCAAAUAAUGAUAUCCUUUCUUUGCCUCAGUCCUUCGAGUUACCCAUGUAUACAGCCCCUGCAUGGACCCAUUGAACUCCAAUGAGUUGUCUACAUCAGGUAUCUGCAUAUUAUACUGAUUCAGGACAUAUUUAAGAAGCGGCCUCUAAUUUUGCAACUGUAAGUAACUUCAGGUACAAAAGACUCUCAGCAGAGGCAGAUGGACAUCCUAAGCACCACAAGCUAUGCCCAAAAUUAAUUGGACACACUUUUUUGUACACAAUUCUUUUUUGGCUUGGCAUGACUUUUGAGCACAAAAAUGCAGGUAAGGAAGCAGCAGCCUUUAAAAUGCAGCUCACCAAACAGAAAAGCCCAAAGCAAAAUCCCAGCUCUGAAGUUUGGAUCCAGCUCAAAGUCUGAAUUCUGCAGCUCUGGUCUCUAUUUUAGAGAAAAGCAACCAAAAAAGAAAGGAUGAUAGGGAACAUUAGUGCUACUCAGAUCAUCACCUUGCCCACUCACAGGCAGAACACAGGGGCAUGCUCCCUUCAGAUCUGGUAAGGAAAUAAUUUAAUUAACUACUUUUCAGCCAUGCAGAAGCCUCUGAAGUAAGGUGCACUAUGUUGUUUCUGUCGUUAUCAUUUGCUACAAACAUCCUCAGAAUUUGGGAGCUGUUUGCCCACACUGUUGCAAUCAGCGCGGGUGCAGGGAAUGAAGUUUGAAAAAAAGCUGAUAGGAUUGGGGCCUGCGUGUCUGGCUGAGGCUAACUUGAGAUUUCUAGUUACAAUUAGUUUCUCAUGAAAAGUGCAGAUUUCAGCCAGCUGAAAUGAUUAAUGCAUUAGGAUCACAUUUGACUAAUUGUUUUGGAACAUUUUCAAAGUAAGAUUUUGGAUUUUGCAUUUCUCAAGUUUUUCAUUUAGCAGUUCACCUACAACAAAUUUUAGAAGGUAAAAAAAAACCCCAAAAUGAAGCAGUUUUUGCUUGACCCUCAGUGUGGGGUUUUUUGUUGUUGUUUUUCUGUUCAUUUAUAUCAAGUCAAUCAAAACAACAUUUUUUGCAUUUUCCCUAAUUCAAUCAUUCUUCUGGAAACAGCAUUCAGAACCUUAAUAUUAAUGGACUCAGCUCACUCUUUCCUUUCUUUCAGUGAUGGGCAGUAUUGUGAAGUGGGCACUGCUUUUAGUCAGUAAAUGCUAUUAUGCCAUUAGCACUGCUCGCUUCAGCUACAGCAGUAAAUAUCUAAGCACUCUUUAAGCAUGGGAGACAGUUUUGCUCCAAGAUUUUAAUGCUUUAGGUUAAAGAGCAACAAUUCAUUUUAUACAGCUGUGAUUUAGGCUUUUAAACACCUAUUGAAUGAAGGAAAAUGUACACUGCAGCUAACAUUGACCCAUGCAUUGCAUAUUCAUUGAGAAGUUUUAAAAGGUACGUGGCUAGUACAUAGAACUUACAUUGCUCAAAACAUCCAGUGGGUUUGCUCUAUUUAUUUCUAUUUAUUUUAUCUGUGCGUUCAGAAAUAAAUAUAUAUGGUUUUGUAACUGUUUACAUUUAACUGUUUAAAUGUCAAUAAAUGUGCUUCAUUUUACUUAGCUGGUGUGCUGGGCAAUUGUUAAGAUGCAGCACUUUUAAUUCUUAAUAGAAAGCAAUGUAAUAAUAUUAAGAAUGGGUAGUAAAGAGAUUUAAGGAGUUAACAUGACCAAACCCCAUUGACUUUCAAUGGGAGUUAGCGGCCCAGCCCUCAUAGCCAUGCUUUUGUAGUCCCAGCCAUAAUACUUAAGCAUUUAUCUUCGAAGUGCUAUAGAACUUUGCAGGGAUGGAUCCAGGGUGG